UCCGAGACGACCGAUCGGAGACCACUGUUGUUGUACUAUUGUGAUACUCGCGCGGAGCACCAGUCGUCCAACGUCGUCCGUGCCGUGCGCUAGCGCGUCGAAUCUCGUCGCUCAGGAAACGGUUUUGCCGCGGCGCGAUCUUUUUCGUGUAUAGAUGACAAUAACAUCGACUUUUGAUAAUAAUUGUUCGAUGAUAUAAUUAAAUGCGACCAUGUACACUGAGCUUCAAUAGAGUACACCGCAUUGUAUUAUUAUAUUUAAGUGGCUGUUGUUGUUGUAAUUUUUUGUUCGUUUAAAUCAAUACAGUAAUACUCGUAAUAUUGUUAUUAUGCGACUCCGCGCCGCAAAUGAGUUCGUUUCGAGUGCGAACGGCGGGACGAAGCCGCAGGAUCGUCUCCUGCACUAACCCUUGGCCAGUCACCGCCGUAUUCUUUCGCCGCAGGUGUUGAGAUACGGUCAUGAAGUUUCGUAACCACUCGGAAUUGUCAUCGUCACGCAAGACUCGAGCGUGAAAAGGAUCCAUUUUUGUUGGACUACAACCGCGAACGCACGCGCCGGACGUUACCUAACCAAGAAGUGUCGCAGACAUGUGCUCAGCUCCGACACUAGUGGCGGCCGUGUUGUUAGCGGUCGUGGCCUCCGCCGUCUGCAACAUGCAGCCGGUGGCCGUGACGAACACGGCGGCGGCGUUGCCGGGGGCUGGGGCCGGUGUUGCGGCCGUGCCGGUGCCGGGGCGUUGCGAAGAGAUCACCAUACCGAUGUGCCGGGGCAUCGGGUACAACAUGACGUCGAUGCCAAACCAGCUGAACCACGAGACGCAGGAGGAGGCUGGUAUGGAGGUGCAUCAGUUCUGGCCACUGGUCGAGAUCAACUGUUCGGCCGACCUUAAGUUCUUCCUGUGUUCCGUGUACACGCCCAUUUGCAUCGAAGAGUACCAACGACCACUGCAGGCGUGCCGGAGUGUGUGCGAACGUGCCCGCGACGGAUGUCUGCCGGUUAUGCAGCGGUACGGGUUCGUUUGGCCGGAGAAGAUGCAGUGCGACAAGCUGCCAGUGCACGGCGGCCCGGAAUUGUGCAUGGCCCAGGACGUGUACGAACAGCAGCAGCACGUUCCAGUCAAGCCGACCAAGAAACCAACCGGGUCACCGGCCAAUAAGUGCAAGCCGGGUAGCAGGGCCAAGGGAUGCGAGAAGUAUGCGUUUGGCGGCGGUGGUAUUGGCGACGAAGACGGGUGCGAGUGCAAGUGCCGGCCUCCACUAGUGGCCAUCGACAGGGAUUCGGUCCGGUACAAUCGCAGUGGCGUGUCCGUGGCAGGCGUGGACAACUGCGCGAUGCCGUGCCGAAGCGUGCUGUUUACCGACGAAGAAAAAGAUUUUGCGUCCACUUGGAUCGCCCUGUGGUCGAGCAUAUGCUGUGUGACCACGUUGAUGACACUUACCACGUACACUAUCGACACGCAGCGGUUCAAGUACCCGGAAAAGCCGAUCGUGUUCCUCUCCGGUUGCUACCUGAUGGUCAGCCUCGGGUACCUGAUCCGAGUUUACUCAGGCCACGACGCUGUCGCCUGCGAGCCCGACGGUUCUGUCAAGUACAACGCGUCUGGGCCCACGCCGUGCACGCUUGUGUUCCUGCUACUCUACUUCUUCGGCAUGGCCUCUUCCAUCUGGUGGGUCAUACUGGCGUUCACAUGGUUCCUGGCGGCUGGACUCAAGUGGGGAAACGAGGCGAUCGCGUCAUACUCACAGUACUUCCACCUGGCCGCUUGGCUGAUACCCACCGUCAAGUCACUGGGUGUGCUGGUCAUGUCGGCCGUCGACGGGGACGCAUUCGCCGGUGUGUGUUACGUGGGCAACCAGAACCCGGAUAACUUGAAAAUGUUCGUACUGGCGCCGCUCGUCGUCUACCUGGCGUUGGGCAUAUCGUUCCUGUUGGGAGGGUUCGUGUCACUGUUCCGCAUCCGGAACGUCAUUAAGCAGCAAGUGGGCCGCAGCAAGGCGGACAAGCUGGAGAAGCUCAUGAUCCGGAUCGGCGUGUUCAGCGUUUUGUACACGGUGCCCGCCUCAGUCGUCAUCGGAUGUCACUACUACGAAGCACGGUAUAUGCCAGACCGUGUGGCCCACCUGGCGUGCCCAUGCUCCGAACCGGACCCUGACACCAAGCCGGUGUACACCAUGCUCAUGCUCAAAUACUUCAUGACGCUGGUGAUGGGUGUCACGUCAGGCGUGUGGAUAUGGUCUGGCAAGACGGUCGGCUCGUGGAAGCGCCUGUCCCGUCGGCUGUUUGGUGGAGGCGGAGUUGGUGGCGGAGGCGGCGGGGGCCGCAUGUCUAAGGGCGGUCCCAACCCGGUGCUCGUCAAUCCGGGAAAACAACGCAAGCAGUUGCAGUACAUGCCGGCGCCGUCCGUCCCGGGUAGCACGCUGCCCUCGUCCCACCACCUGGCCCCAUCGUCCAGCCUACACCACCACAUUAUCAAACAGGCUCCGCUUAGCCACGUAUGACAUCAGUACGCCACUCCUGCCCUUAGUUACGAGCAACCAGACCCGUCCGAGGACAUGAUGCCCUCUACCACGGGGCUCAGUGACUAUGGUCCUCUUUAAAGGGUCGGCAGGAGGAACAAUGAUGAACCGAUAACCCAUCAGAAGCAUAAAAUAUGAUCUCGAUAUGUACUUUAAUUAUUAUUAUUAUUAUUUUUAUUAUUAUUUCUGUACAAUAUACCUCCUACUAGAACAGACGAACCUCCCACCACAUUUAUAACCUAGAACCGGCAUUGGGAACACAUCACAUCGAAAAUAGACGUGUCUUUUUGUUUACAAUAGGUACCUACGUGGUUCACACCAAAAAUAGUAAAAUAUAAUGUAACUCCAUCGUUAAACCAAAUUACUUACGUGACGUUUUCGACUGGUUUGACUAGUUAACAAAUCAAAACAAAAAAACUUGUAGCUACCCCGUCGGCCUUAGGUUUAUUUUCUGGUGCUUUCCCCAUUCAAUUUUUAUUUAUGUUAUUUUUAUUCUGUAAAUAACUUUAAAUUUAAGAAGCGUAUACUAGUCGUAGAAGUUAAGUUGUGUAUUUUUUUGUUUUGUGUUAACAUUAAGGAAUCCUUUUAUACUG